AAGAAAAACAGGAAACAAAAUGUUUGUCAAGUUUAAGCACGCUUUUCAACUGAAGUCAAGCUCGUCAACUACAAAGUAUCUUAUGUUCACUUCAUAUUGACUCUUGAUAUGAAACACUUCUUGUACGUGUUUAAUAUCAAUCAGUAAUAGUCUGAAUAAAUUGUUGCACUUACCUUUUAAGACGGAAGUAUGUAAUAUACACUUGUAAAUGCAACAUGUUAAAAUGUUAUUUUUCUUUUUCUUUGUUACCUAUGUUCUUGGUGAACUCCUUAUAAUUUGUGGCAAUGCUUAAAUUAUUCAUGAUGCUAGUUGACAUGAUGCUUCACGAUAUUUGUCAUGCCUUUUGUGACAGAUAUGGAGAAUCUGGCCCUUGGGACACCUUGUGCACCAAUUUAUGAAUGCCUUUACAGAUCAUCGUGACACUGAUCUUCUUAUUGUCAGCCAUUUUUCACUCUUAUUAGGAUGUGCACUUCCUAUCUGGUUGUCCUCUGGUUUCAAUGACCGACCAUUAGCCCCUUUCGCUGGGAUCUUGAGCCUUGGAAUUGGAGAUACAAUGGCAUCAGUGGUUGGCUACAAGUAUGGGGUCCUCCGCUGGAGCAAAACUGGCAAGAAGACAAUUGAAGGCACUGCUGCUGGCAUAACAUCUGUCCUGGCUGCAUGUUCCAUUCUACUUCCACUUCUAGCUACAUCUAGAUACAUCUUAGACCAGAACUGGUUUUCUCUUCUUUUCGCUGUGACAAUAAGCGGUCUGUUGGAAGCCUACACUGCCCAGCUGGAUAAUGCGUUCAUACCUCUGGUGUUCUAUAGCCUCCUGUGUCUGUGAACACCUAUCUGCUGAUCCAUGAACUUUAAACUACUUUUCUGAAAACAACACGCUGAUCUCUUGACAGUAUCGUUUGAGCACACAUUCUUUUUGUAGAUAUCACUGUAGUAGAGUUACUUGACAUGUACAAUAAGUUCAAUAGGAGAAAAGGCAAAAUCUACUCUUUUUGUAAUCUAGAUGUAGAAUUUGUUUCCCGAAGCUGAAAGGCACAAGUAAUUUUUUUUCUUCAAAUGUUGUUGUAACUUUUGCCUUUUAUACUUCAUCCUCCUUUAGUGGUAUGGAUGUAAUUAAAAUAGUCAAUCAGAGCUUACAGGCACUAGGAGAAAAGUAUUUGUCGAAAUGUCCAUGUUAUGUACUGAUAUUUUGAACUUAAACGAGCAGUAGUUCAUGAUUCAGCAUCUUUUUACCCUUCAAA